AUGUCAUCAAUAUCUUUACAAAUAGCGAGGCGACGUAUGCUAGAGACUUUUCCAUGGAUUAAGUAUCCACUCGUUGUGUCAGCGCCAAUGUUGGGUGCUGCCACGCCUGCUCUCGCGACUAAUGUGAGUCUGGCGGGUGGUAUAGGUUUUCUUGCAGGGGGUAACGAUGGGGCGGAUCUUCAUCAAAAACUUACCAUGACGAGGUCACUCUUUAAAGUUGCCAGUCGAAAAUUGCCACAACUUGAGACAUUUGAUCGUCUUCCUAUUGGUAUUGGCUUCCAGAAUUGGGGCUGUAAAAUCAACGUCGCUGUUGAGGCUACAAAGCAACAUAAACCUUCAGCAGUAUGGCUUUACGCACCUAAAAGAACCGGGGACUUAAAAGAAUGGGCUCAAGAGCUUAGAUCUGUUAGUGACGGGAAAGUUUCAAUCUGGGUACAAGUUGGGACUGUCAAGGAAGCCUUGGAUGUUGUGGAUACAACGAGACCUGAUGUCCUGGUCAUUCAAGGUUCCAAUGCUGGUGGACAUGGUCUAGCUCGAUCAGCCAGUAUUAUUUCGUUGCUUCCAGAGGUUGCAGAUGCACUUGAAGAUAGAAAGUCAGAAAUCAAUUCCAUACCACUGCUUGCAGCGGGCGGAAUUAUGGAUGGACGAGGUGUUGCUGCUGCAAUGUGUUUGGGGGCGACAGGGGCUGUGAUGGGUACCAGAUUCUUAGCAGCUGAAGAAGCAGGUAUUCCUCAAGGCUGGCAGAGGGAGCUCGUGAAAGCAGUAGAUGGUGGUGUUAGUACCCGGAGGUCUACUUUAUGUGACCGAUUGAAGACAACAGUGGGAUGGCCAACACAAUAUGAUGGUCGCGCUUUACUCAAUAAAGGCCAUGAGGACGAGAGAGCUGGAAUGACAGACGAAGAAAACGUUCGUUUAUAUAAGGAGGAGUUAAGAAAUGGUGAUAAGGCUUGGGGCUCACAUGGCAGGAUGGUUGCAUAUUCUGGUACUGGGGUCGGGUUGAUUAAAAGCGUAAUGCCAGCCGAGAAAAUCAUUCAACAAACAAGGAAAGGUGCUUCCGAUGUCUAUUAG